CUGUCUGAAAACCACUGUGCUGAUGCCUCCUGUUUGCCCUCUCGAUGACAACAUUCUGAGACGUUAAUUUUCUCACUUCUUCACAGAUACCAGCAGAGGACACCUGAGCCGAGCCCCACCAGCUCAUUUUUCCCAAGGCAAAGCUCUGUGACACCACCCAACGCACAACCCAGCACUGAAAUCACAGCCCUGCCCAGGAUCCUCCUGGCCCCUCCAUGCACUGCCUGUGCUCGAUGCAGGGCUGAGGCUGACGGUUCUUCCCUCCCAGCCCCUCCUGCCACACUGCACUGCUGCAUUCCACCUCCUCACUUCUGAUUCACACCAUUAAAACCAAGAUUGGUGCUGAGAGUCGGAGCAUCUUUGGUUAAUAAGUGCUAUUUUAACACGAGCCCGUGGAGAGCCCAGCACAAGGCCCUGAUUUCUGUCCCAGAUUUCCACCAGGCAAGGUCAGGAUUCACCGUCUCAAUGGAUUUCUUUGCAGAGCACACACAGCGAUGUGUUCCCUCUCCUUUCCUCUGGUCGUUGGUGUUUUUCUCAGUGGUUCUGAAGGCCAAACCCUGAGUGCUGACUUUGCAGUGCACCCACUGCUCCGCUUUCCAUUUUCUCAGGCAAGUUUCUUCCUACUUUGACUGUUCCUGGCAUUGUCCUGCUAUGGCUGUGCUCCUUCUGUAGGAUCUGGAAGACAUUGGCAGCAAGUGCUGCAGGAGCAGAACAAGGAGUCCUCACCCACUCCAAGUGGGUUUAUCACAGCUGUCUCAUUUCAGUACAGCUCACAGCAGCACCCAAACUCCGAGGACUGCAGUGCAGUGAAUGCUUCCCUUUUGUUCUCAUUAUCUCUGCCUUAAACUGCUCUCGAGGCAAUCGCAUUAUCCUGCGUAACGUCGCCUUGAAUUUCACUUCCCCUUCAUCACCCUGUGACCAGCUGUGCGGUGCCCAUUGCGCUCACAUCGCCCAGCAAACAGCCCAGGGAUGGGACAGGGACCCCGGCACCCCAGGGGAAAUGGAUGCUUAUUGCACAGACGGUGAUUCAUCCUCGGCAGGGGCACUUUAUCCUGAAUUAUGGCCUUAAGAGAGCGAUUUCAGCAAGGGAUGUGCUGCUUUCCUCGUGCAGCUCCUCUGUUUGUGUCCACCCACCUCCUUGCCGUGUCCUCAAGUGCAGUUGCAUCAGUUAUCCAAUGCCCUCAGCUCUGCCCUUGCCUUCCACUGUCAUCCUCAGCACACAGAAAGCAGCUUUGGCCUUUCUAGAGGAGGAGCCAAUUCAUGGCCAUUUUUCUCCUUCUUUUUGCCAUUUUUGCCUUCGUCUCACCAACGUUAAAAGGACAACAGGUCACGCAGUCCCAGCACAGCACAAGCAUCGAUUCACAGCAGUGCCAUCCCCAGCUGUCCUGUGUGACAGCCAUUAAGGGCAUGAAUAGGUGAACCUUUAUGAGGGUUUCAAGAUCAAAACAAUGCAAAUUCCUCCAAAACCUGGAGCUGAAGGAGACAUUCAGGCUCUACUCCACACCCAGAAGUUGUGACCCAAUCCUGACUCUGGGCUUCACACUGAUGGAGUCUGACCAGCAAAGAAAGGGAGAGUUCCGAACUGCCUUCUCUUUGUCAUUAAGCUAAUGAAACAAUCAAAUCUUAAGAAAAGUAAUGAGAUACAGUGCUGCCCUAAAGCUGAUUGUUCCUGAUAACAAACUAAACUUGGCAACAUAGACAUCUGUUGUGCAUCGCUUUAGAUGACACUGUGAAUCAACAGAGUGCAGUCAGCAAAGUUGGUUUUGUCCUCCCUAAAAAUUUCACACGAUGGGAAAGAUUUGAAGAGUAGUGAAUAUUUCCUGUACUCAUGUGCUGCACUUCCCAGGAAGGUGACAGACGGGUUCUGGAAGUCAGUGCAAUGAUUGGUUCGAAAUAGUCUAAAACACUGCUGAUGGAGAUUAAUUAGAUUAAUUAGUGUCAUUUUUCUCUGGGGUUUUGUGCCAUAUAAGGAUGGUGGAGAGCAGCACCCCAACUCGCUCAGUUGGAACUGCUCACAGUGCGCCCUGCCCAGCCCUGCAGCCCUUCAGCAUCACGAGAAGCAAACGGGGUAUUUUUAAUCCCGAGAAGUCAUCCGUUCGAUGAAAGCUAAUCGCAUUUGCAUUCCCCCCCCAGCACUGUUUCAAUUCCACGCCGGCUGCUGGAGGGCAGUGGAGCAGCCCAGCACCUGGCCGUCCAGCCGGGCAGCGCUCCAUCCCGCUCCCCGCACCAGGUACCACGGCUGCGAUGCACGGCGACGUGUGCACACAUGCACACCCACAAGCUGCUUAUUCUCGUGUCAAUUGACUCCCUGUAAGUGCUGCCUAGCUACCGGCACGGCGGAGCCAUCUCUUCUCCUCCCGCAGCCUCUGCCUGCUGCCACCAGCAGCCCUAAUCCCCCCAGAGCUGUGGAGCAGAGCGGCAGCGCCGGGGUCCGACUGGCUUUGUUCCUGCUGACUUGGCAUUCCCUGCUUCCACUCUGGAGGAGAUGGGCCGCAAGGAAGAGGAUGACAGCAGCUCCUGGAAGAAACAGACGAGCAAUAUCAGAAAGACGUUCAUUUUCAUGGAGGCGCUGGGAUCAGGUGCGUUUUCAGAAGUUUUCUUGGUGAAACAAAGAAGCACUGGGAAGCUCUUUGCUCUGAAGUGCAUCAAGAAGUCCCCGCUCACAAGGGACAGCAGCUUGGAGAACGAGAUAGCAGUGCUGAAAAAAAUAAAGCAUGAAAACAUCGUGACUUUGGAAGAUAUCUAUGAGAGCACAACCCACUUCUACCUGGUGAUGCAGCUGGUGUCGGGUGGAGAGCUGUUCGACAGGAUCUUGGAACGAGGGGUCUACACUGAGAAAGAUGCGAGCGUGGUGAUCCACCAGGUCCUGACAGCCGUGAAAUACCUGCAUGAAAACGGGAUUGUCCACCGUGACCUGAAGCCUGAAAACCUUCUUUACCUCACUCCUGAAGAGAACUCCAAAAUCAUGAUUACAGACUUUGGUUUGUCCAAGAUGGAGCAGAACGGCAUCAUGUCCACUGCCUGCGGGACGCCAGGAUAUGUUGCUCCUGAAGUCCUCGCCCAGAAACCAUACAGCAAAGCUGUGGACUGCUGGUCCAUCGGAGUCAUCACCUACAUCCUGCUGUGUGGGUACCCACCUUUCUACGAAGAGACCGAGUCCAAGCUGUUUGAAAAGAUCAAGGAAGGCUACUACGAGUUUGAGUCUCCUUUUUGGGAUGACAUCUCCGAGUCAGCCAAGGAUUUCAUCAGGCACUUGCUGGAGAAGAACCCGGACACAAGGUUUUCCUGUGAAGAAGCCCUGAGGCACCCAUGGAUUAAUGGAAAUACAGCCCUUCACCGUGACAUAUACCCAUCUGUCAGUGCUCAGAUUCAGAAAAACUUUGCAAAGAGCAAAUGGAGGCAAGCCUUCAAUGCCGCAGCCGUGGUGCACCACAUGAGGAAGCUGCACAUGAAUGGCCACGCCACGGCUGGCAGCACCCACCCAAUUAUACAAGGCUCUGAAGCACCCAGACCCAGCACACCCAACACCACGCAGCCAGCAAUGCCCAGCAAGGACGAGGACAUGUCACUGCCCCAGGUCCCCUGUCCGGCCCCUCCUGCUUCGCUGGAGCAAGGCACAGGAAUGAGAGAGAGCAAGCUGCAAAGCCCCCCAGUGAAUGGAUCACCAGACAACCAGAGCCCGCCAGCCAGAUCAUGUGGCUGCAGCCCAGUGUGCACAGGGCACGAGAGAGCCAAGGCAACUUUCUGCUCCGAGAUGGUGCUCCUUAAAAAACCUGCAAAAUCCCACCAUUUCAAAUCAGAAGUUCUCGUUCCAGUGAAGACUGGUAAGCACUCAUCUCACUGUGGCACUGGGCAAACUGGAGUUUGUUUGAUCAUGUGAUGAGGAAGGCAGCCAGCAGGAUCCCCCAUCGCCAUGGUAAGUGCACACCAUCCCACCACCAGCUGCUUGCAAUUAAACCCAUUACAGCAUGAAAAUGGGAAAGGCACAACUAGCAAAGUGACUGUACGGAAACAAAUUGAUUUUGCAGGUAUUUUGUAACAGAGAAAGCCCUAAUUAAGCCAUCUCUUGAGGAAGAAGUCAUCCUUUGACUUCCAGGUGGACCAGCCCACUGGCUCUAAAAUCAAUUGGUUUCAAAGGCAAUUAUGGCCUGAACAGCCCAUCCUUGGCCCAGAUUCGGUCCAGCUGGGUCAGUUCCAGUUGCUUUGUUAUCAGCAUGACAUGGAGAUGUUGGUUGUGUAGGUGAGCAACAAAUGCCAGAGAAGUAAGAAAAUGAAAGUUUCCUCCUGUUUGGUCAUAGCUCAGAUUAA